AGAUGAAGGGAAGCUCGCCCGGCCCUGCCUUGUCUUGAUGGCCAUCUGGAGCCUAGCCUCGGUUUCCGGCCAGGUUUUUCUCUUUGCUGGCUGUUUUUCGGCUUGCACUCAACUUUGCACUUAUUCUGACGACCUGCGUGCACCCUGGGAGUCCUGACCUGACCCGCGGGUCUCCCUCCGGUCUGAAAAGGGGAGCGAAAGAGAAAGAAGGCUCCAUCCAUCUCUUCUCUUCCUCUCAGCAGGAGGACGGCCGACGAGGAGAAAGUAAGUCCGGAAUGUUAAUGGAAGAAUUGCGAAGGAUUUUUCUUCGGAUAAUUUUGACAACUAUAUAGAUCUGCACUGAAAAACUACCGUAGCUUUCUUCCUCUUCGCCAUGUUGGACUUCUUAGCAGAAAAUAAUCUUUGUGGACAAGCCAUUCUUCGGAUUGUGUCUUGUGGCAAUGCUAUCAUUGCUGAAUUGCUGAGACUGUCGGAGUUUGUCCCGUCUGUAUUCCGCCUCAAAGACAAAGCCGAUCAACAAAAAUAUGGAGAUAUCAUAUUUGAUUUCAGCUACUUCAAAGGGACCGAAUUAUGUGAAGGGAAGCUAGAAGCCAAGCCUGAACUGCAAGAUUUAGAUGAUGAAUUUCGUGAAAACAACAUAGAAAUCUUGACCAGAUUUUAUUUGGCUUUCCAAAGUGUUCAUAAAUAUAUUGUUGAUUUAAACAGAUACUUGGAUGAUCUCAAUGAAGGGAUUUACAUUCAGCAAACUUUGGAAACAGUGCUGCUGAAUGAGGAUGGAAAACAACUAUUGUGUGAAGCCCUUUAUUUGUAUGGUGUCAUGCUCCUUGUCAUUGAUCAGAAAAUUGAAGGCGAAGUUCGAGAGAGAAUGCUUGUUUCCUAUUAUCGAUACAGUGCUGCUCGCUCUGCUGACUCCAAUAUGGAUGAUAUAUGUAAGCUGCUUCGGAGCACGGGGUAUUCAAGUCAGCCCGGAGCGAAAAGGCCCGCAAACUAUCCUGAGAGUUAUUUCAGCAGGGUGCCCAUCAACAAAAUAUUCAUCAGCAUGGUGAUUGGCCGCUUGAGGUCAGAUGAUAUCUAUAACCAGGUUUCUGCAUAUCCACUGCCAGAGCAUCGCAGCACAGCUCUGGCGACGCAGGCAGCCAUGUUGUAUGUGACGCUUUACUUCGAUCCCUCCAUCCUUCACACCCAACAAGCAAAGAUGAGAGAAAUAGUAGAUAAAUAUUUUCCAGACAACUGGGUUAUUAGCAUUUACAUGGGAAUAUCAGUCAAUCUGGGAGAAGCCUGGGAGCCAUACAAGGCUGCCAAAACAGCGCUGAACUACACACUGGAUCUUUCCAAUGUUAAGGAGCAGGCCAGCCGAGCUGCCGCUGUCACUGAGCGUGUUUACACCCAAGUGCAACAAUUUCUUAAAGAAGGUUGUUUAAGAGAAGAGAUGGUGCUUGACAACAUCCCAAAACUGCUGAACUGCUUAAGAGACUGCAACGUGGCCAUCCGCUGGCUGAUGCUUCAUGCUGCAGACUUGGCUUAUGAUCCAAAUAACAAGCGCCUCCGCCAGAUAAAAGACCAAGUUCUCACUGACUCCAGAUUCAAGCCCAAGAUCCUUUUCCAGCUCCUCCUGGAUACAGCCCAGUUUGAAUUCAUUUUGAAAGAGAUGUUCAAACAAAUGUUGUCAGAAAAGCAAACGAAGUGGGAGAGCUACAAGACAGAAGGAUCAGAAAGAAUGGCUGAAUUGGCAGAUGUCUUUUCAGGAGUGAAACCAUUAACCAGAGUGGAGAAAAACGAAAAUCUGCAAGCCUGGUUUAGAGAAAUCUCCAAACAAAUCAUGUCUCUGAACUACAACGACUCCACUGCAGCAGGCAGGAAAACAGUGCAGUUAAUUCAAGCUUUGGAAGAGGUCCAGGAAUUUCACCAACUGGAGUCCAAUCUGCAAGUUUGCCAGUUUCUCGCAGACUCUCGGAAGUUUCUGCAUCAAAUGAUCCGAACCAUCAACAUUAAAGAAGAAGUUUUAAUCACCAUGCAGAUAGUAGGGGACCUUUCCUACGCUUGGCAGCUCAUUGACAGUUUCACCUCUAUCAUGCAGGAAAGUAUAAGAGUCAGCCCAUCUAUGGUAACCAAACUCCGGGCCACCUUUUUAAAGCUGGCUUCAGCUCUUGACAUGCCACUUCUUCGCAUCAAUCAAGCAAACAGUCCUGAUCUUCUCAGUGUAUCACAGUAUUAUUCUGGAGAACUGGUAUCCUAUGUAAGAAAGGUUUUACAGAUCAUUCCAGAAAGCAUGUUCACUUCUCUCCUGAAGAUUAUAAAACUGCAGACUCAUGAUAUCAUUGAGGUGCCAACACGCUUGGACAAGGACAAGCUGCGAGAUUAUGCUCAACUUGGACCACGCUAUGAGGUUGCUAAGCUUACACACGCCAUCUCCAUUUUCACGGAAGGCAUCCUGAUGAUGAAAACAACAUUGGUUGGCAUCAUCAAGGUUGACCCAAAACAGCUGCUUGAAGAUGGAAUUAGAAAGGAGCUGGUCAAACGAGUGGCUUUUGCCCUACACCGAGGGCUCACCUUCAACCCCAGAGCUAAGGAAUUAAAUGCUCCAAGUCAUCUCCCUACAGCUUCACGAAAGAGAGAUUUCAUCCAUUACACACAGUCUCAAAUUCUCUUUCAGAUUUAUGGGCAACUCUUGAAACAGCUCAGCGAGCUGAUGCCCAGACUGAAAGAUAUGGCAGCCACAAUGGAUGGGUUCCACCGUUCCUUUGAGUACAUCCAGGACUAUGUCAACAUCUGUGGAUUAAAAAUCUGGCAGGAAGAAGUAUCCCGUAUUAUUAAUUACAACGUGGAGCAGGAAUGCAACAACUUCUUAAGGGCAAAGAUUCAAGACUGGCAAAGCAUCUACCAAUCCACCCAUAUUCCAAUACCAAAAUUUGCACCUACAGACGAAUCUGUUACUUUUAUUGGUCGUCUCUGCAGAGAAAUUCUGAGAAUCACUGACCCAAAGUCUGCCUGCUAUAUUGAUCAACUUAACACCUGGUAUGAUAUGAAAACUCACCAGGAAGUCUCCAACAGUCGCCUGUUUGCCGAGAUCCAGAACACUUUGGGAACCUUUGGUCUCAACGGAUUAGACCGUCUUCUCUGCUUCAUGAUUGUCAAAGAGUUGCAGAAUUUCCUCAUCAUGUUUCAGAAAACAGUGCUGCAUGAUAAAGGGGUCCACGAAGCGUUGAAGUCUCUCAUGAAGAGUGUCAGCCCUCUGAAAGGACUUGUGGCUAAUUGUAACAGAGUCUAUUCUACAGCAAUUACCAAAACACAGAAGAUCUGGGCUGCCUACCUUGACACAAUUAUGAAGGUUGGCCAGAUGCAAAUUUUAAGACGCCAAAUAGGCAAUGAACUGAACUAUUCCUGCAGAUUCGACUCCAAGCAUUUAGCAGCUGCCCUGGAGAACCUUAACAAAGCAAUCCUGGCUGAUAUAGAGGCCCAUUAUCAAGACCCUUCUUUGCCUUGCCCCAAAGAAGAUAACACCCUCCUGUAUGAAAUUACUGCUUACCUGGAGGCUGCUGGCAUCCAUAAUCCACUGAAUAAGAUCUACAUUACGACAAAACGAUUGCCGUAUUUCCCCAUUGUGAAUUUUCUGUUUCUGAUUUCCCAGUUGCCAAAACUUCAAUACAGUAAACACUUAGGGAUGGUUUGUCGAAAGCCAGCUGAUCCCAUUGACUGGCCACCUCUGGUACUGGGGCUCCUGACUUUGCUGAAGCAGUUUCAUUCUCGCUACACUGAACAAUUUCUGGGUCUGAUCGGUCAGUUUGUUCGCUCCACAAUGGAACAGUGCACCAGCCAGAAGGUCCCAGAAAUGCCAGCAGAUGUUGUGGGCGCCCUGCUUUUUUUAGAAGAUUAUGUUCGUUACACAAAAUUACCAAGAAGGGUGGUUGAGGCCCACGUGCCUAAUUUCAUUUUUGAUGAAUUUCGGACAGUUCUGUGAAAUAUCAACUGCUGGUUCUGAAUGGAAACAAGAAACAAACCUCAAUAGGUGAUAAGGCGGGAAAAAAAGUAUCUAAAAAUGUAUGAGUUUGCAUAAUCACUGAAAAUUAAUGUUAUUAUAAAAAUAACUGGAAUCAUGGUAUCAAAGCCAAUGGAUUAUUAAAUUUAAGCAGUGUGUAUUUUGUACUUAACCUAUGGCGUACACAAUUCCUUUACAAAAAUCAUUUCUGUUCCUAGAGAGCAGCAUGUAAAUAUGGAACUAUAUUUUUUGUAACACAACUAAAAAACAAUAACAGUGAAAUGAGUGGAUUGUAAA